AGUGGUCCGUCCCUAAGUAGAUCGACGCAUUCGAUCCUAUCGUCUAGCUAGAUCGGCGCAUCCGAUCUCCUCUCUUCAUUAGAUCGGCGACCCGAUCCUAUCUUCGGCGCAUCCGAUCCUCUCUUCGUCGCAUCCGAUCCUCUCUCGUAAUCAGAUCGGCGCAUCCGAUCUUAUCACCUAGCUCGAUCCUAGCUCCUGGUUGAUACGGUUUGGAACUAUGCUAAGUGAGUGGAGUGGUUCCCGUGCCUGGCGCAUAGAUGUCGCUACGAUCACUACAGUCCCAACCGACAAUUUCAAAUAUUUCCGACGUCAGGUGUACGUCGUGUGAACGUUCACCCGACGUCGGGUGCUCGUCGCAUUUAAGUCAAUAUACGACGAAGCGAAAUUUUUUAAAACGAAAAACGCCACAAUUAUGGCGGAUUUUCUGGAGUAUUUCGCUCGUGGUUUUUGUCUAAGACAAUCGCCAUACAAAAAGUGGUUCAAAAAGUCGAUACCCUCUCUCCCCCUCACUCUUUCUCUGUGGGCACCGUACGAUCCAUCUCGCUAUUCUCACAUGGUAGCGGGAGUGAUAUCGCUUGUCUGCUGUCUUCUUUAUCCGUUCACCCAUAUCAUAUUCGUUUUGAGUGACGUUGCUUCCCCACCUCCUUCAUUCCCACCUUUCUCUCCCAGCAGUUAUAGGCGAAUGCUUGACCUUGUGUGAUCGCGCUUGACUAGGGGUUAUUGUUUUUUUUUUCUUUCCCGUUUUUUUUGGCUGCUCGAUGCAUUGCGCGUUGGCUAGAGCCGUCGUUCGAAUCUGGAUUUGAUCAGCGUGCAAGUUGUCGUGUGGAAAUAUGAAUAGAUUUACCGUUGGAGCUAUUUGUCGGAUCGAUCGGAUGCAUGCAGCGCACGGGUUUUAUAUUGUUUGUUAGUGCAAUUAGUUGCACUUGUGAAAAAAAAAAAAUCAAUCAAUGGACGAUCAUCAAUGCACUAGCACACACAACAUAUCAUGUGAAGCCAACCAAUGCUUAAAAUUGUCAAAUAUUCAAAUGAAGGAUGAUGUCUUUGAACACAUUUUUCUUUUCAUUUUUUUAAUUGUUUUUGUUCAACAAUCCACAAUUCCUGCAAUCCCCCCCCCCCUCUCCUUCCUUCCCACACAAUUUAUGAUUUCAGAGAGAGAUUGACUGUCAAACUGAGUGGAUGUGCCUUCCUCGUGCUCCUGAUUUUAUACGCUGUUUUGCCGUGUUAUUUCUGGAAUCUCAACAUUUGCAACAGUGGUGCUGCUGAGUUGUUCGUACUGGCUAGUGCGUGCCUUCGAUUAAUAUAAAGCUGCUUCUGUUUAUUCAACAUUUUUGCCGAGAAAGUGUUUGGCUUCGUUUCUGCUCCUGUCACUCAUCAGAUUGUGCUGAGUCAUCGUUAUGCAGUGCUCAACCUGCAAUGCACCCACCGAUAGUGCUAAUUCGGUGUCCUGUGCCGGUGUUUGUGGUUCCAAGCAUCACACCCAUUGCACGGGGUUGUCCCGUGAUUCUACUCGUGAGCUUGGGCGUAAUAAUCAAUUGUUGUGGUUGUGCAAAACAUGUCACGAGUUUCGCAUUGGCACAAAUUCACUUCUCACAAAUCGGCUAUCAAGAGCGAUUUGCUUCCUGAGAUCCUCGCUCUCGUUGAUAAGCGAGCGCUAACACCCAUAUUAGCUAAGCCGUCUGUUAGCAACGCAUCGCGAUCGCACACAUCCACUAAUGUAUCGUCGCUCAAUGCUACAAAUACAUCCAGAACGACUAAAACAGCUUCCGCUCGCCGUACAUUUACUAACUCAACGGAGCUCACUGAUGAUAUCCAAGCUGCGAACGAUACCAACACUGUGGAUGAUUCUGACAACUGUAACCACUACAAUCAUCGUACUAAGCCGACUAGUGAUGUUAGUGCUGGAAACUAUCGAACAAAUACACAAGCAUCUUCUGAUCCUGUUUUGAACCAAAACACCACCAACACGGGCAUAGCCGAGAAAGUAUGGUUAUACUUCACGAACAUCAAAUCGCAUGUCUCGGCUGAUGAUAUGCGUGUGUGGCUUAAAGCUGUGCUACCAACGGACGAUAUUAAUGUUUACCGUCUCACGAAAAAGGGUGUGAACCUGGACUCGAUGUCCUUCAUAUCGUUCAAAGUGAGUGUUCCUAAAUCUCUUAAGGAGCUUGCGCUGCAGUCUACUAUUUGGCCAGUUUCACUUACUGUUCGGGAGUUUGUUGCUCGUGGCCUACCAAAACAACGUGUACAUGAAAGGGCUCGAUUUGACCCUUCUGAGCUUAUUUCGCAUCGUACAAAUAGUGAAAAUUGCUCUUCAGCUGUGCCAAAAACUACCGUUCAUCCGGAUCAUUUUUUGGAACAUCGAUCGCCACCCCCACAGCGCGUGAUUCUAUCACCAUCCCAGAUGACCGAGAUCCUAGAGGCUAUUCAACUGGAGUUUCCUCCCACACCGCCUCAGUUAUCACCGGGGGUGGGGCUUCAAUCACAAUCCAAUCUCAGAAACACGAACCGCUCACCACAGAUCAGCCCGUUUGCGAAACGGAUAGCUCACAAUUAAUAGACCCAUUUGUGAUAUAUUACCAAAAUGUUCGAGGCCUUCGCACCAAAUACAAUGAAUUGCGCCUUUCUGCGAAUGAAUCAGGGUUUGAAAUGCUUGCCCUUACUGAAACCUGGUUAAAUGAAUCGAUUCCAUCCAACAUGGUCCUUGAUAGUGAUGCCUACAACAUAUACCGCUGUGAUCGACGCAGGUUAAACAACGAACGUUCGCGUGGGGGUGGUGUGCUACUUGCAUGUUCCGUUCGAUAUCCUUCUGUGGCACUUAACAUUAAUCAACCCACGCUUGAAGCUUUAUGUAUACGUGUUUCUUUUUCUAAGUUUCGUCUUUAUGUGGGGAUUGUUUAUGUGCCACCGUAUUUGAGCAGCGACCGCAACUAUUUGGAAUCCCUUUCUGCUUUCAUCAGUGAUGCAUACAUGCAAAUGAAACCGAAUGAUCAUCUUAUCCUUCUGGGUGACUUCAAUCAACCUGCGUUAGAGUGGUCGCUUUCUACCGCAGUAAGGCCAGAUUCAUCUUCAGCUAUAAGACAU